CCAAGUAGCUGAAACCUGAUGCUUUUAAAUCUUUUGCAUAGAUGUUGUUUGGUGGAGCGAUUGAAAUUAUCUUGGCAGUUAGACUGUCAAAUUUCCUCAGCUGUUUGUGCUGCUUUGCGUGGAGAAUUAUUGCCAAACACUGACGUAGACUGGUAGUUAUCAGAACAAAAAAUUGGAAUAACAUUGCAGAUUCCUGUAACGUGGCGAAAGAACUGAAGACCUUGCUGACUUUCAUGUACUCCCCAUCUGCAUUUUAUUAAAAAGUGAGGCGAUUCCUAAGCUAACAACGCUGGACUCUUGCUCACUUUUUUGAUAUCUGCUUCACAGAGAGGACCAUAAAAGAAAUCCAGCAUGUCAGUUCAGCAGAUCUCCAGCCAUAAGGUCUCACUUGAAAACCAUAAUGCUGCUAUCACGUACGAUCCAGAGUUUCAGACCCCAGAGUCACUGCAGGAAGCCAUCGAUGACAUAGGAUUUGAAGCUACAUUAAUAGACACAAAUCCAGUGCUUAUCCCCCAAGAAUUACCCCUUCUCAGCAAUGAAAGGGGACUCGCUCCUCAGCCUGACCUCAAGAUUGCAAACCAAGUGCCCAAUGCUAAUGACACAGAGAGAAAAAGGCUACUUGAUGAAAAUGAUUCCGCCUUCUCCUUUAUCCCCACUACAACAAGUUUUAAAGAGGAAAUCAUUGACAGUUCUGCAGUGGACAAGAAGUUGUCAAUGUCUGAAGACAUGUGGUCAAUCCAAGGCAGUGAAAUGGUGGUGAAGAUGAGGGUUGAAGGAAUGACUUGUCAUUCCUGUUGCAGCACGAUUGAAGGCAAAAUUGGGAAGCUGCAAGGUGUUCAACGCAUUAAAGUUUCUUUGAAUAGUCAAGAAGCCACAAUUGUGUACCAAGCCCACCUCAUCACACCAGAGGACCUCAGGACUCAAAUCGAAAGUGCUGGAUUCAAUGCCACAAUCAAAACCAAGGCCAAACCGCUGAAGCUUGAUCUUAACAUUGAACGUCUAAUAUAUGCAACUCAGGUGACCAAACCCGAUCCAUGGGAGGUGAAUAACAGAUUCACAAACUUGAUCCUCAGAAUAGAUGGCAUGCACUGUAAUUCCUGCGUAACGAACAUUGAGAGUAACUUGUCAGAACUUCCAGCUGUACACAACAUCAAGGUUUCUUUGGAAUCCAAGAGUGCCACGAUUCAGUACAACUCUGCCAUGAUUACUCCAAAUGCCUUAAAGCAGGCUAUCGAGGCCUUGCCACCUGGAAAUUUCAAAGUUUCACUCCCUAAUGAAUGUCAUGAUGACCGGUCUUCACACAGUGUUACUGAACAUCCUUUAGUAACUUCACCACAGAUAGGGUCCGUGGAUUCAAGGAGGCAUCAGUUGAACAGUGUGACGGUGAUUGAUAUUAAAGGAAUGAAUUGUGAUUCUUGUGUGAAAACUAUUGAAGAAAAUAUUUCAAACAAAAGUGGAGUGAUCUCAAUUCAUGUUUCUCUUGCACAGCACAAUGGAGUUGUGGAAUAUGAUCCUCUAUUUACCAAUCCUGAGGAACUGAGGGAGAUCAUAGAUGAUAUGGGAUUUGAUGCCAUUCUUCCUGCAAGUACAGAACCUGCAGUGUUACCAACAGAAGUUUUCCCCAAAGUCUCUGUUAAAGGGAAAAACAUGAGGAAUGGUCUAUGUGAAACUGGGAUGGUCUCAAUGCAAGGAGAGAUGCAGGAGUUGAGCAUCGGUCGGCAGAGCACAGAAGCUCCACUGCCAGAAAAAUGCUUUAUUCAGAUUACUGGCAUGACCUGUGCGUCGUGUGUGGCUAACAUUGAGAGGAACUUAAAGCAGGAAGAUGGGAUAUAUUCUGUAUUGGUUGCUCUGAUGGCUGGAAAAGCAGAAGUGAGGUAUAACCCAGGUAUUGUAAAGCCCCUAGAUAUUGCAGACUUAAUAAAGGAGCUGGGCUUUGGAGCCUGUGUGUUGGAGGACUACGAUGGAUCAGAUGGUCAAUUGGAACUUGUUGUGCGAGGAAUGACUUGUGCCUCGUGUGUUCAUAAUAUUGAGUCAACACUGAUGAAAACCAAAGGUAUACUCUAUACAUCAGUGGCGCUUGCAACUAAUAAAGCUCACAUCAGAUUUGAUACAGAGUGCAUUGGCCCUCGUGAUGUCAUCAAAUGCAUUGAGGAUCUGGGCUUUGAAGCAUCCUUAGUCAAAAGAGAUCGCUCUGCUAGCCACUUGGACCACAGAGAAGAAAUCAGACGUUGGAGGCGAUCCUUCUUCAUCAGUCUAUUUUUUUGCCUUCCUGUGAUGAUAAUGAUGAUUUACAUGAUAGUUGUAGACCAUGCAUUCUACAAGAGCCAUCAGAAUAGCUCGACACCUGAUGAGCUUGAAAAACACCAUGCCUCAAUGUUUCUGGAGCGACAACUCCUUCCAGGGCUUUCCAUUAUGAAUUUGUUGUCCUUUAUACUCUGUGUUCCAGUGCAGUUUGUAGGUGGAUGGUAUUUCUAUAUCCAAGCAUACAAGGCACUCAAGCACAAAACUGCCAACAUGGAUGUGCUGAUAGUUUUAGCUACAACUAUUGCUUUCUUGUACUCCUGUGUCAUUCUUGCCAUUGCUAUGGCAGAAAAGGCCAAAGUAAACCCGGUAACUUUCUUUGAUACACCUCCGAUGUUGUUUGUCUUCAUUGGUUUAGGACGGUGGCUUGAGCACAUUGCUAAGAGCAAAACAUCAGAAGCACUUGCGAAGCUGAUGUCAUUGCAGGCAACUGAGGCAACGAUAGUGAAGAUAAACGAGGACCAUUCUAUUUUAAGUGAAGAGCAAAUUGAUGUGGAGUUGGUGCAACGAGGGGAUAUUGUAAAAGUGGUUCCAGGUGGCAAAUUCCCUGUAGAUGGCAGAGUGAUUGAAGGUCAUUCAAUGGCUGAUGAAUCUCUGAUUACCGGUGAAGCAAUGCCAGUCACUAAAAAAUUGGGAAGCAGUGUCAUUGCAGGCUCUAUUAAUCAGCAUGGAGCUUUAUUGGUUGAAGCUACUCAUGUUGGAUGUGAAACCACACUCUCUCAGAUUGUGAAACUUGUAGAAGAAGCUCAAACGUCUAAGGCCCCCAUUCAACAGUUUGCCGAUAAGCUGAGUGGAUAUUUUGUCCCAUUUAUCGUUGGAGUUUCCGUUGUUACUCUGAUUGCCUGGGUUAUCAUUGGAUUUUUCAAUUUUAACCUUGUGGAAAAAUAUUUUCCUGGUUACAACAAAAGCUUGUCUCAGCCUGAGGUGAUCGUGCGCUUUGCAUUCCAAGCCUCAAUCACUGUCCUUUGCAUCGCAUGCCCCUGUGCAUUGGGAUUGGCAACACCUACUGCAGUAAUGGUAGGAACUGGAGUUGGUGCACAGAAUGGUAUCCUUAUUAAAGGAGGGGAACCGUUGGAAAUGGCACACAAGAUUAAUACCAUUGUUUUUGAUAAAACUGGAACAGUCACUCAUGGAACUCCCAGAGUGAUGAACCUGAAGAUCCUGUCAGAGGGUAAUUACAUAUCACAGAUGAAGCUGUUGGCCAUUGUUGGCACUGCAGAAACAAACAGUGAACAUCCAUUGGGUGUAGCAGUAACCAAGUAUUGUAAACAGGAACUAGGCUCAGAUGAGCUUGGGUCAUGUUCAGACUUUCAAGCAGUUGCUGGCUGUGGCAUCACGUGCAAAGUCUCCAACCUUGAGUCAUUACUAAAUAAAAAGAAUCUUGAGGUUGAGCAGAACAUGAUGCUGAUACACAUCAAUGAGACAAUCAGUGGUGACUGCUCAUCACACCCUGUAAUCAAAGAGGCCCAAUCAGAAAGGAAAUCCCAGAUCUUUUUGGUGCUGAUUGGAAAUCGUGAAUGGAUGAAGAGGAAUGGUAUACAUGUCAGUAAUGACGUGGACGGUUGCAUGAUAGAGCACGAAAGCCAGGGACAUACAGCGAUACUAGUCUCUGUAGAUGGUGUACUUUGUGGAAUGAUAGCAAUUGCAGACACUGUGAAGCCAGAAGCAGACUUGGCUGUCUGCACGUUGAACAGUAUGGGGCUGGAAGUGGUGCUUAUGACUGGAGACAACAGUAAAACAGCCAGGGCUAUUGCUGCUCAGGUUGGCAUCACCAAAGUGUUUGCUGAAGUCCUUCCCUCGCACAAAGUAGCCAAAGUGGAACAACUGCAGAAGCAAGGAAAGAUUGUGGCAAUGGUGGGUGAUGGUGUGAACGAUUCCCCAGCACUGGCAAUGGCUGACAUUGGAAUUGCGAUUGGUACAGGCACUGAUGUAGCCAUUGAAGCAGCAGAUGUUGUUCUGAUUCGGAACGAUCUACUUGACGUAGUGGCAAGUAUUCAUUUGUCGAAAAAAACGGUCCAGCGAAUUCGGAUAAAUUUUGUGUUUGCUUUAAUUUAUAAUAUUGUCGGUAUUCCCAUAGCAGCUGGGGUUUUCUUGCCUGUGGGACUGAUAUUACAACCGUGGAUGGGAUCUGCUGCAAUGGCAGCAUCAUCUGUUUCUGUGGUACUUUCUUCUCUAUUAUUAAAACUUUACAAGAAACCUGAUCCUGCCAGGUUGGAGAACCGAGCUCGGAAUCACAUGAAACAGAAAUCUCUGUCUGACAUCAGUGUGCAUAUUGGUAUGGGUGAAAUGAGGCGGGAUUCACCAAAGCUAAGCCUAUUGGACCGAAUAGUUCACUACAGUCGAGCCUCCAUUAACUCUCUCAGGUCUGAAAGGCGAUCUGUCACCAACAUUCCUUUACAUGAUCCAGACAAAAACAAUCUCCUUUUGGGAAGAGAUGAGGAUGAUGCAGUUUGAGCAUAGCCUGACUGUUUGCAGCAGAUUGCAAGAUCUGUUCUCCCAAUUAGUGUCUUCUCAACCUCUACAUCUCACAAAUAUAGGACUACCAUGGAAGUGCAGAGGAUGUGACAGAUAUAUGUUUUAUUAUAAAAUAAUAUACUUACUACACUGUAUAAUUGUAAUUUAUCUUUUCUUUUCAGGCUCCUAAUCUCUCCUCCUGCAUCCAGGAGGGAAAAAUAUGUUUUAAAUUACAGUUUCAUGAUUGUUUGGCAUGCGUAAAUCACAAAUCCUUACCCUCCAUGAUUAGCCAACAAGAAUUCUGAUGGUCAUGCUGCAUAUCCAUUUUUCUUGCUGUCACACAAAACUCAGUCUCCAUCUAGAACGCAACUGGGAAGCCUUGCACCAUUUGAGAGCAGGAUGUUUUGAGUGAUUGGACUAAAUUCCUAACAUCUUCAGUUGUGUGAAGCAUGUUUAGCCACUUUCAUCAUUUUGCAAUGGUGGCUGUGGCACCCCUUCCGAUCUAGUAAAGACCAAAUCCAUCCUUCGGGCUGAUGACUAACUAUUCCAAAUUUCCAAGUCCUCCUCCUGCUUAUUAAAGGGCAAUGCAAUAUGUAGGACAAGCCAAAGUGACCUCAAUAUCCCGGAUUCUGUAGUAAUGGCUGAAUCUGAUAAACGGGUACUUGAUGUAAUUAACCAAACAUGGCAAACAUAUGAUGUGAUGGAGAACUGCAACUGGGUAGUGAGGUUUGUUUUUCUGGCAAGCUUACACUUUUGCUGUGAUCGUAAAUGGCGCCUUAAUAUUGAGAUUGAAGGAGAUACAAAAUGCUGGAUGAAUCUAUGUCACAAACUGUUACGGAAGAGAAACUUUACUGAACUAUUUAAAAAAUGCUGAUUAGCAUUUUUUUGUUGUACCUUACACUAAGCUGUUCAACUCUGUCAUUUAUGUUUAAAACAACGCUGGAAACAUUUGGUACUAAAUACAGCUUUGUCCUUCUGCCCAACACCAACAGCAGCACCCCAUUCUCUAUCCCUGCCAUUUUUUUUAAGAUAAGGUUUUCUUAUUCAUGCCUGGAAAUUUUUUUUUUUAAUUUUUAAAUGAACCAGCCCAUUUGUGUUGGUGGUUUUUUACAGAAAGAGAGUUAGCUCUCCAAUCUUUCCCUUAAUUGAUUUUCAUGGAAUUGGAUUAGUUGAUCUCCCCCUUCUCAGCUUCUUCAUGAAUCACUUUUGAAACCAAGUAGAAAUGGCAGCUUAAUUCCAGAGAGAAAUCCAAAGUUUGGAAGUAUACUUGUCACUUAAGGAAAUAAUUUGUUUUUAUUGUACUUUUGAAUUAGUUUUGAAUAUACUUAGUGCUGCUGUUGUAUACUGAUGCAACAUUGGGUGUCUGAAAUAUCACACUGAGGUACUUUAUUUUCAGUUUUUUAGAAAAAUUAAAAGCAUAAACAUUUCUUCAUAAAGGAAUGAACUAUAUCAGCUAAUCAUUGAGAGUGUGAUGUUGAAAGUCCUGUCGUUAAAUGUUAUUAUAAGCUGUGCCUCCCUGCUACAUGAUUAGUCACUCCAGUUUUGUAUAUAAAAUGAUGUGUGAAAUGUCAUUGAAAGCAAAAGUUUUAGAAAAUCAAAUUUUGAUCUGCAUGAAUUUCAUGCCAGCUGCAUUGUUAAUCUGUUCAAGUCAUUCUGUUAAACUAGUUUUAAGUUAUCCUUUCAUUUGAAGAGUGAACAGAUUGUUUCCUGUAUUUCCUUUUCCAAAAGUGCUGAGUUUGUACUGGGAUAUAGAACUGGCAUGUCUUUGGUACCUCCCCAAUAUAAUUAUUCCAAGUUACAAAUCUAAACAUUAUGUCUGAAGACCAGGCCCUGUUUACCCCACUGUUACCAGUGCGUAACAUCUAUUUCGACCUUUCACAGCCAAGAUGAUUGGAUCAUGUUCACAAGAAACAAUUCUUACAGACUUUCAGUCAGAAGUGCUUGGAUCAUUUCUAUACAACUCUAAAGAACAUGACUGAAUUCAUUAAAAAUCAAGACUAAAUCCAAGAUCUGACUGAUUACUCUAACUUAAUAAAUUACUGGAUGGUGAAUUCAUCCACUGAGUUACCAUUGCAGAAAUGUUGAUAGUAGCCUUCCUCUUAAUGAUGAGCUUCAGCAGAUAGUAUAUAUUCCUGUCCCAAAAUUCGAGAGAUAUUCAGUAUUUUUGCCUUCUCUAUAGACAAUAACAGAUUUUUUAGAUCCUAAUAUUGUGACAAUUGCUGAUUCUACAAGAUCAAAUGGAAAUAUGUAACUAAUAUUAAAGCAUAAGUAAAUUAUUUUUCUAGUAGAAGGAAAAAAAAUUAAAUUCGCAAAUUUAUUUAUAAUCUUACAAAUCAGUUCUGGUAAUUUAAGGUUUAAAUCAAUAUUUAAAGUAUAGAUGCAAUGUUAAUUUCAUUGUCUUGAUCAAUAAUAAUUGGCAUUUUUGUGAUUAAAAUGGUGCUUUAAGAUGCUGAGAAAUUCCCAGUGUCUUUGGGAACUCAAUUUGUUUCUCACACUCCAAAUUCAUAAUGAGAGAAAUGAUUGGGUAUGAAAGAGAAAUUUGCAAAAUGAAAUUUAAAUCUCCAACAAAUGAACAGGUUAAAUAUAUGUUAGAAAUGGUGGAAAUGAAUGAUUUUAUAUUUGUAAAACAAAUCUUUUACUGUCUGCAAUUAUUCAAAUUAGAAAAUGGCAAAGGAGAAAAUUUUGAUGGUAAUACUGACAUGAUCUCUUUCCCUGAUAAUGUCUCAAAGGGAACAUGUUAUGGCCAGAAUCAGAGGGUUUUUAUUAAGAGAUUUUGUUUCAAUGUGGAAGUAGUCAAUAAUGUAUCCAAGAUUGCAAUACAGCAAAUGUUAUAUUGUGAAGUUGUUGUACUAAUACUAAUGUUGUCCAACUGUUGACUCCAUCAGAGUUCAUAUAUUUAAUUGUUCUUGGUUUUUUUUAAGCAACUGGGUCUAAAGGCUCAGCUUGGUUUCUAGUCCCUUUGUGGGUAUUUCCCAUCAGUACAUAAAUCUAUCAAAGAUAGUUUGAUAAAUUAUUACAUCUGCCUCUGUUACACCAUAAUAUACAAUGCCUUGGCAAAGAUCCUUGCCUCCAGUCUGCUCUUGUGUGUAAGAAUUUACCUAUUAAGGAAUACACCUGCAGCUACAGCACAUGUGACAUCAGUGCUUAAAACCUCCAAUUACGUCACUUUGUAUCCUUGGGCCCUGCAGAUGUUCAAGGCCAGUCUGCCAAACUUAGCUGCACUGUCAAGAAAGAAAAAAAUUACUGUCCCUCAUCAUAACUGCAAACAUGUCAAAUGACAACAGUAUUCAUCUUGAGAGUUUUCCAUGCACUUGAACAAUUGAUAGUAGUUCUAAAUUUGCCCACCACUAAUUUGAACUUUGUUCCUUCUUUCUUUGAAAAUAUACCUCAAAAUAUUGUUCUGGGCGUCUUUACCUUUGCAUUUACUUAUUCCUAUGUAACCGUGUUCCUAAAGGAUAAAGAAAGAAGUUCACUCAAAAUAGUACUUGUGAAUAUAUUGACAUACAAGGGAACUUAUAAUUUGCUUCUUUUUAAGAGCAAAUGCUGAGGAUUGGGCCAUUGGAUAGGUUCUGACUGAAUUUAUUUGCAACUUGACACUUUUUUAUCUCGAAAGUUCAAAUAACUCUAUCACACUCCCUGUCAAGUUCUGUGUUCAAGUUCGCACAAAUGUGAAUGUAGAAGGACUGAUUCCAGAUUUUUGUUUCCUGAUUUAUAUCAUUUUGUUUCGUGUGUUCAUUUGAUAUAGUUGUUUCAAACUGACUCAACCAUUUCUCCACUGAUCUGGCAAGAUUGCACCACAUUAAGCUGAGACGCAAAUGAAUAAUCAGAAAACAAAUUUGUACUUGGGUUGUCCUGUUUCAGAGCAGGACAGACUCAAUAUUGAAGAUGUAAAGUUCUCAUCCUAAAAUGCAUUUUAAAAACCUUAAUUAAUGUGCAAUUCAAUUAAUAUUAUUGCUGUUGAAUUUAUUUAUGUACUCUAAUAAAGCUACAACUGUCUUGAGGAAAAAACAGUGCCUUAAAUGUAAA